AUGCAGGAUGCAGGCACCUCUGUACCAUUUGCUGGAAGACACGGCUCUGGAAGAAGACACCUUCCGGCCUACCAGGGCAAUCUGAACCUCUUCAAGGAGCAGGGCGCCCCUGCUGACGAACGACUUUGGAGCCGGACUGGCCCUUUGCCGCACCAGUCUCCUCCGAGGCAGCCAUCUCCCUCUUCGUGGGAGGGCUAUGCAAGCAUGGAAGCUGCAGAGGUCAGAAUACCUUCGCAAGCUGAGAUGAAAGAUUCCUUGAAGGAAUGGCUAUGUGCAAGCCACAAUCUCGAGAUCGGUGAUGCUGUCAAAUGGGAUCAAGUGGCUGUGGAGAAGAACGGCAUGUUCUGGAUUGUGUUCGCACUCAACUCGAAGGGUAUAUCGCUGUCGCGGGAGGGCCCGACAGCCAGAGCUCUUGCGUCAAAGCUGUCCGCACUACCGAUUACAGAGCUGCGGCACUUUGGGCUCCGUUUGCAAGCACCUCAAAGUGAGGAGAUUCGGAGUGCAAACCUCUCCCUCCAGUCUCCAGGUGUUCACGAGAGCCUCGGAUCCAAGGAAACGGAGACCUCUGCUGAUAUCUCUGAUGCUGCAGGUGCGCGACGCACUCGCAGCCCUGAGGACGUUCGAAAGAGGUACAUAGCUUCCGGAAAGGACAACUUCAAAGGAUUGGGCCAGGCGCAAGUUGAAGCUCCCGCAGGAGGGCGCCGAUUCAUUGAGAUCAGGGACAACUUGACAAGCGGUGCAACUUUCAGGGAGAAUGGCGAGGACCCUCAGGCCUUCCUGCCCAUGCGCCGAGCUGCACACACCUUGAAUCAGGGCAGUGUCCCAGCGGCAGGUCUUGUUGCAGGUGAUGGGAACAGAGUCUAG